CGUUUCCAAGCUCAUGAUUCAUUUCUCACGUUCAGCCUUCCGUGAUACACAAUUCCUCCGAAACAGUAUCCUAUCAGGUUUUUCUUUGUCCAUUGAAAGAUAGUAUAAGAUGCCGCACACCACUCGAUCAACAGUGGACAGGUUAGACCGCCCUAGCGCGUAUUACAACAGCCGGAACAAGCGCCGGCGGAAUGAUCACGGUCGCGAUGGAAGGGAUGGAGACGCAGAUGGAGCCAAUGCCCAACCUGAAGAAGCACCAGAGGACCCCCUGAAGAACGCUACUACUCUCUACGUUGGCAACUUAUCUUUCUAUACAACAGAAGAACAGGUCUACGAGCUAUUCUCUAAAUGUGGUGAGAUCAAACGCCUGGUCAUGGGACUUGACCGAUUCAACAAGACUCCCUGCGGAUUUUGUUUCGUCGAGUACUAUACCCACCAAGACGCUCUCGACUGCCUGAAAUACAUCGGCGGUACCAAGCUUGACGAACGAAUUAUCCGCACGGACUUAGACCCCGGUUUCGAAGAGGGUCGUCAGUACGGCCGAGGCAAGUCUGGUGGUCAGGUGCGAGAUGAGUACCGCGACGAUUAUGAUGAAGGCAGAGGUGGUCUGGGUAGAGCCAUCCAGUCGGAGCGAGAACGCGACAAUCUGCGAAAUAGAGAACGAGAUCAUCAUACUGAAGAGGAUUACGGCCGCCUUCGAUAGUCUCGACAACAGGCCCUUGACUGAAAAGACGGUUCACUUGAUACCCUGUAUUAGAUAAAAUGACGAAUACACACGGUUAUGGAUAAAC